GCCUCUCCUCAGCCUGAAGCCUCUCCUCAGCCUGAAGCCUCUCCUCAGCCUGAAGCCUCUACUCAGCCUGAUGCCUGCAUUCAGCCUGAUGCCGCUACUCAGCAUGAUGUGAACUGAUCCAGCCCGACGAUCCUAUUAGGCCAGUUGACUCGAUGCCGCUGUUGAUCCAGAUGAUCCGCUAGUACCUGAUUCCAGUUGCCGCUGUCAUGCCAAUUGACUCAGAGCCCGCUGUCAUACUGGUGACCCGGUGCCCACUGCCUUGCCAGAUGACGCGGUGCCCGCAGCCUUGCCAGACGACUCGUUGCCAGACGACUCAGUGCCCGCUGUUCCGCCAGUCGACUCGGUGCCCGCAGUCUUGCCAG